ACGAGACUCUUUUGCUCUGACGUGUCGCAGGACUCGCAAACCAAAGAAAUUCUUACGGCCUCGCAAUCAUCAAUCGGAAUCGAAAUUUUCAUUAAUCUCUACUCCCGUUAAAUAGCGGUCAGUGUUGCUGACUAAAUCCUCGCGCAAAAGAACAUCAUGAAUCUGUUAGAGCUGGGAAUCAUGUUCCUGCUGGCCGCGACGAGCUUCGCAGCAACAGCAACUCAGCGCACGGUAUCAGUUCAUCUGACCGCACAGGACCAAGAUCGAUUCGAUAAGGUUUUCAGCGAAGGCCUGAAGUCGAGCGAUCUUCAGUCGUUGUACUACACGUCAGCCAACGUACCGCUUCCGGCGGGAGAUGCUAGCACUUGUAAGCGUUUACUGGCGGUUCACGGAGAGUCAAAACUGAACGAUUUCGAGAAAAACUUUUACUUGAUUGGGGCGCUUAAAAACUUUGGCUGCAAGGAAGAUGUGCCAGCAAAGGUUCAGUCAUCCGUGAAAGCUGCCCUGUCGAAGGAAGGAUCAACGGCCCAAGAGCUGUUCUUUAACUACCACUCCGCUAAGCUUGCUGGUGUGUCGAUUGACGAGAAAGUGCGCACAACAUUGGCCAAACAGCUACAGAACGCGCUGAAGAAGGAUGAUUCGCUGAACACUCUUGGACAUGCGUUUGCUGUAGCUGCGGAACUCGGCACUGCCGGAGCCUUCGCUUACGACCGGAUCGAGGAAGCAUUCGUGCAGGCGGACGAAGUUGAUGGAAAGAUGCUUCAAUUCGAAGGAGGACUGAGCAUCACGGCACUGAUCGUGAAUGGAGGUUUUAAACUCGCUUCACGCCUCAACAAGCCGUCACCCAUUACGGAAGAACAGGCGGUUAAGUUUGCCACAUACUUCCUGUCCCGAGUAUCCGUCCAAACCCCCAAAGGAGUGAGUGUCUUGUUAGAAGUGUUGAAGCUCUUAGCAUCACAGACAUCAAUCGCACCCAUCUGCAUUCGGUUGGCUGGCAAUGGUCAGCUGCUCCCAGAAAAUCCUGUCCUCUCGGCGAAGGUAUGCGAUUUGCUGGGUAAACCUUUGUCUCCAAAACUGGCAGCCCUAUCGACGAACGUCGUGUCACUGCAGACAAAAGACACAGUAAUAAGUAAAAUUAAUCUGGUUCCGAGCAAGGACGACGCAACACUGUACACGUAUAAUCUGAAAUCAGCUGCUCUUCCUCGAGGCAAAUACCGGGUGGACAUUGAAGCUGCUCCUGUAUAUCGCCAACAGUUAAAGAUCAAUGUGCUUGGAAAGGUGCGGGUCAACUCGUUGGAGAUUGGUGUAGGUGAUACGGACAGCACCUCAGCAAGCAUGAAGCGUCACACGGUUUCCCAUCCGGCAAAGCUAGUCACCUUACUGAAUGCCGAUUCUCAGCAAAAAGUAAUUAUGAAGGCUGUAUUGGUUGAUGACACAACUAGUAAACCGAUAGCUGUCCACCAAACAUUCGUUCUGCUGCGCAACAAGGAAUCUCUGCAGGAAAUCAUAUUCGUUGCCGAGAUCGAUUCCACAAAAGCGUACAAAUUUGAAAUGGAUGUUGGUGCUCGGGCGUCCGAUUUCGGGCACAAAAGUGGAACGUACGAGAUCAUAUUGAUCGUUGGGGAUGCAUUGUUGGCAAAUUCAUUCCAGUGGCUUGUAGGCGAUGUUGAACUCAAGUUCACCUCCACGGAGGCAGCUACAAAGGAUAGCUAUUCGGCAACAGCCAAUUCCCGUCAACCACUCCCUGAAAUCGUUCACCAAUUUAGAGCACCCGAGAAGCGUCCCGCUCGGUUUGUUUCGGAUUUAUUCACCGGCCUGUGCAUUGCCCCGCUCUUUAUUUUGUUUGUUUUGUGGGGCAAACUGGGGGUUAACGUGAAACAUUUUCCAUUUUCGCUUAGUGCACUUGGUUUUCACAUUGGACUGGGUGCUAUAUUGACGCUGUUCGGAGUGUUCUGGCUACGGCUGAACAUGUUUGAUACGAUUCGCUAUCUGAUUCCUUUGGCAUUAUUCACAUUCAUCUGUGGAAAUCGUAUGCUGCGGAAAAUUGCACGCGGAAGCAACGAGAAAUAGGAUGUGUUCGUUCGCACAGUGUCUAACCUUUUGUCCAAAUCUACAAAUGCGUCUCCUGGUUACACUAGAUAACUGUACUUGUACAGUUAUCUAGUUACUAGGACUUGUACACUAACAUCGACAGAUAGAUGGGAUGAUUUUAGAGAGAUGAGAAAAAUCUUGGAGCGGAUCUCUUACCAUCAUGAUUGAAACAUACAAACAAGGCUAGAGUUCAGACAAGAACAGAGAGAUAGGAGAUGAAGGCAGUGCUGAACAGAAUAAAACCAUUCCUUUCAUUAAGGAUACACCUUACUUAUUUACAUAUGGCGUUCAAUUACCACAAGGGACAUUCGAAUUUUAAGCCACAUUCUCAACCAUUAUUCGAAACAAGAAAUCCCAUUUUUUUCAAUUUGAUUCUAUAAUAAAUAUGAAUACAUCAUCA